AUAAAUCGCCGCCUUCUUGUUCACACUUUGGGAUUUACUGAGUGACAUGUUGAGCCAGACAGUAUAAAUAAUGUCACUCGUGGAUUUACGUACCACGUGAUUUCGGAAUGAAACGAGUGAAAAAGGAUUGUAUUAUUUGAGUGAAAUUAUUUUCGAGGUGUGAAGAAGAUGUGGUCCAGACGAUGUAUGGUGUUCAUCUUUUCCACGAUCUUGUCGUUAGGUGUCGCUCUGAUUGAGGAGAUCCGACUUCCGGAUGAAUUUUCGGAAUGUCUCGUGCGACACACUGCAAAAAGCAACGCCAGCGCCACAACGGCAGAAUCUAUUGACAACUUCUGCAUCAACCGACACCGGAUGAACCUGGCAAGGCCAUAUUUAAAUCAAGUCAACGUUUCAAAGGACAUGACUAGUUGGAUAGACGAACUUCUGCGCAUGUCAUCAGUAGAAAGUUAUGAACAUGAGCAAGCGAUGAUAAGAAGCAAGCGUCAAGCAAUCGGUGUUCCGGCGCUUCGUGCAGAUUUACCAUCGUCAUUUCAAAACGUCCAGCAACCACCUGCUGUUCCUACAGCGCAAGCUCCGCCGGUAGGACAGUUCGCCCAACAGCGAAACAUCCCUUUGGGGUUCCAAAGUGUAUCAAUGGGCACCUUUCAGCCUGUACCCCAACAGCAAAUUCAGCGAGGUGACCCUGUAGCACUUCCACAGCAGCAACUCAAUCCCCUGGACCAAACAGUCCAGCAACAAAACACUCCAUCGCAAACCUUCCAACAGCAAAGCGGUCCAACUCAACAACAAAACGUUCCUGCGCAAACUUUUCAACAGCAAAAUAAUCCUCAGCAAAAUGUACAGACUGGACAACAAAUGCCUGCCAGUUCAGUUGCCCACAUUGUCUACCAACAGAAUGUCCCGACAAGUUCUAAUCCAACAGAACAACCUGCUCCCUCUGUCCAACUACAAGAGCAGCAAGGAGCAACGGCACAGACAUUCCCGCCCCAGCCCCAGGCACAACCCCAACCCCAGGCACAACCCCAACCCCAAGCACAGCCACAGCCGGCCCGAGCUCCUCCCGUCGUCAGACAAACAUUGCGCCUGCGCAAAGAAUAUCGUAGACUCACAGAACAGGAGAGGAACGAUUUCCAUCGUGCUGUGCAGAUGUUGAAAGCAGAUACAUCCAUCAGCCCUAACAGGUAUGACGCACUGGCAUUGGUCCACUUUCGGCUCGUCAAUAACAUCCAUCACGGAAGUGGGUUCCUUCCUUGGCACAGAGUAUUCAUUACCAUUUUUGAGAAUGCCUUGCGACAGAAAGUACCGACCGUGGCCCUGCCAUAUUGGGAUUCUACCUUAGACGAAGCUAUGAUGGACCCAACUCAGUCUAUUCUCUUCUCUGCGAGGUUCGCCGGAAACGGAAAUGGUUUAGUAACAUCGGGACCUUUUGCCUACUGGCAGACUCCAUUCGGACCCCUGAUCCGUAAUAUUGGCCAAGGGGGAGGUAGUUUAUUCUCUAGACAAGAAAUUUUAGCUGUUCUAUCAAGAUCGCGAUUAAGUGAGAUAGAGGAACCGGAUGCUGAUAAUAUGUUCAACUUGGAAAAUUACCAUGGAGAUGUGCACACCUGGCUGGGCGGUGAAAUGGAACCUAUGGAGACAUCUGCGUUCGACCCGCUUUUCUACAUGCAUCAUUGCUUUGUGGAUUAUGUCUGGGAAAUCUUCAGAACGAGACAGCGGGCCAUGGGAAUCGACCCGACCAGAGACUAUCCUACAAAUUUCGGACCACAGACUCAUUCGCCAUUUUUUAGGAUGGGGUUCGGAGAUUUGCAGAAUUCUUUCGGUCUGAGCGAUAUGUUUACAUCACAAAUCUAUUCGUAUGAACAAAACCCAUCAUGUUCUAUAUCAAACCCUAACUGCGGGUCAAUAUAUCUACGCUGUGAUAUUUCUCAAGGUAUCGCACAGUGUCUACCCGCGGCCACGGAAGUGAGCAAUGCCGCUCCUGUGCAGCCGGGGCAAGCAGCUUUUGGACCAGCGCAAAAUGCAGGUCAACAGAUGGGUACAGGGUUUGGGCAGCCGAUGCCGAUGUUUGGGCGCCGGAAGCGACAGGUUGACAAACAGAAUAUCGCACAGGCAAAGAAAAUAUUGCAAGAAAACGCAAGAAAUAUGGUUAUUGCGAAGGGAACACAUACAUGUACCGGAACCUGGUUGUCAUUCUCCAGUCAAAACACAUUUGAAGUCGAUAGUGUCAGUGAUACCCGGAAGUGGGUGUUUAUACCUGUAAAAAUUAUCAGUAAACGUUCACCGGAACACCGGAAAUUUCAGGCUUUUCCUAUAUUUGACGGAAAGGCAUCACGCGAUUAUGAUAUCUAUGACCCUGAAGCGUACCCAGAAAUAAGUCCAUACUUUUCAGAACAAGUCAUGCCGUUAUCUACUACAUGCAAAUCACGCGCCGCUGACAGAACUGUCGGACGAGUUCAUAUCCGAUCCAAUGGACUGAACUAUCAUGGUAACUACGAAGAAUACACUGUCGUCGAUCUACGCCAAGCCUUUUCCGAAUCCUCGACUUACAUCGCCCUGAAGGACCCCGAAGACGAGAUGUCAGAGGUUUUAUUGACGGCGUACGACUCAUGUGGAAGACGAUGUAAGCCGUACUGCCGAAGUAGCGACCCAAAACGUCCGGGCUACUACAGCUGUUCUGGGGCCGUGCGGGUAACCAAACAUACACCGUGGAUGUACGGAAAGAAUUAUGGUGACGCCGUCCGCAUGUCAUGGAAUAUCCAAAGUCUGACUGAUAUUCCGGAACUGAAAACUGAUUACAACUUCAUCCAAUUUUACUGUGACCAUACCGACUGAUCCGCUCCAAUCCCACGAAUAGUUCCUCUCACUAUAUAUUGUUUAAUAUCAAUCUCACGUUAAUUUACUUUGAAUAGGUUAGAGAAAUCAUCGAUGUAUAUUUUGAAAUGUCUCGCAUUAUUAGAAAUCUCUUAGCUAACUUUCAAAUAGAUUACAUCUUAGCUGUAACUAUAUAUUGUCCGUUCUCGUUGCUUCCUUAUAAUAAAUGAAUUGCCUUCUUUCUCCGUACUUAUCAUUGCCAAAUGUUUAUGUAAUACAUUAAAACUAUUUGGAAUAAGUUGAUAUCAAUUAUUCAAAUUCAGCAACAUUGAGGGGAAUUGAAAUACAACCCCAAUCUCAUGUACGAGUCGUUAUUUGUUUGUUUUGUUGUUAUAUUUUGAAUUAUAUCAUUGUUUAUUUUCA